AGAGUUUUGGGGCUCGGGGGUUUGUUUCUGGUCGCGCUCCUUGUGGGUGCCUGCCGGGUUCCCGCUCCGACAUGGAGGCUGCCCCGCAGAGAGGAGAACUACCGGGCGAGCGGAGUUGGGGGCGCAAUUGCGUUUACGUCCUCGGCGCGGGUCUCCUGCUGCAGCCAGAUACGGCUGGAAAGCACCUUGCGCAAGGGUCUCCAGGGGUGCAGACUCGCGACUCCUCCCCCUUCCUCCUCCUUCCCGGAUCCCCAGCCAGAGCAGUGAGUGCUGGCCUGGACAGUGAGCGGGGAAGCAGGCACCGGGUCACUGCGCCUCCCGCCCCCGAUGCCCGCCGGGAUAGCCGCACUCUCCCUGCUGAGCUCCGGACGUUCGAGACACCACAACAGUAAUGGAGUACAUGAGCACUGGAAGUGACAACAAGGAAGAAAUUGAUUUAUUAAUUAAACAUUUAAACGUGUCCGAUGUAAUAGGCAUGAUGGAAAAUCUCUAUGCAAGUGAAGAGCCAGCUGUUUAUGACCCCAGUCUGAUGACCAUGUGUCAAGACAGUAAUCAAAAUGAGGAGCGUUCAGAGUCUCUGCUGCUCAGUGGCCAAGAGGUGCCUUGGUUGUCAUCGGUCAGAUAUGGCACGGUGGAGGAUUUGCUUGCUUUUGCAAACCAUAUAUCAAAUACCGCAAAGCAUUUUUAUGGACACCGACCACAAGAAUCUGGAAUUUUAUUAAAUAUGGUCAUCACCCCCCAAAAUGGACGCUAUCAAAUAGACUCUGAUGUGCUCCUCAUUCCUUGGAAGCUGACUUACAGGAACAUUGGCUCUAAUUUCAUUCCUCGGGGGGCCUUUGGAAAAGUGUACUUGGCCCAGGACAUGAAGACGAAGAAAAGAAUGGCGUGUAAACUGAUCCCAGUAGAUCAAUUUAAGCCUUCAGAUGUUGAAAUCCAAGCUUGCUUCCGGCACGAGAACAUCGCUGAGCUGUAUGGUGCGGUCCUCUGGGGUGACACUGUCCAUCUCUUUAUGGAAGCAGGCGAGGGAGGGUCAGUUCUGGAGAAGCUGGAGAGCUGUGGACCAAUGAGAGAAUUUGAAAUUAUUUGGGUGACAAAGCAUGUUCUCAAGGGACUUGAUUUUCUACACUCAAAGAAAGUGAUCCAUCAUGAUAUUAAACCUAGCAACAUUGUUUUCAUGUCCACAAAAGCUGUUCUGGUGGAUUUUGGCCUGAGUGUUCAAAUGACUGAAGAUAUCUAUUUUCCUAAGGAUCUCCGAGGGACAGAGAUAUACAUGAGCCCAGAGGUGAUUCUCUGUAGGGGCCAUUCAACCGAAGCAGACAUCUACAGCCUGGGGGCCACGCUCAUCCACAUGCAGACGGGCACCCCCCCCUGGGUGAAGCGCUACCCUCGUUCAGCCUAUCCCUCCUACCUGUACAUUAUCCACAAGCAGGCGCCUCCGUUGGAAGACAUCGCAGACGACUGCAGUCCCGGCAUGAGAGAGCUGAUAGAGGCAGCCCUGGAGAGAAACCCCAACCACCGCCCCAGGGCCGCAGACCUCCUAAAGCACGAAGCCCUGAACCCCCCGAGAGAGGACCAGCCACGCUGCCAGAGUCUGGACUCUGCUCUCCUUGAGCGGAAGAGGCUGCUGAGUAGGAAGGAGCUAGAACUUCCUGAGAACAUUGCUGAUUCUUCAUGCACAGGAAGCACAGAGGAAUCCGAGAUGCUAAAGAGACAACGUUCUCUGUACAUAGACCUGGGAGCCCUGGCCGGCUAUUUCAAUCUUGUUCGGGGUCCACCCACGCUAGAGUAUGGCUGAUUGAUGACAUCAUUUCCUCUAAAUUAAGACUCAGCGUUUAUCUUCUGGAAGCUGAUUCUGCUGACUGGACACGGAGACUCUAUACAAUGGCUUGUGCCAUUCAUUAGCUGUGCACCGUGGCUCCAAUGACUCAUGAAUGUGAGCUCCAGGCGGCUCCCGUGUGUCUGAUUGUGAAGCGACACUGGUACACACUAGGUCUACAGGUUCUCAUUUCUCAGGUGGUGUGACUCCAAGGAAGGACAUUGGGAGUUCAUAGAAGGAUCGUUUUUGGUGACUGAUUCCAUUCACUUUGCACUUUGCUCAGAUUUUUAAUCACAAGGAUAAUAUAUUAGCCUAAAAUUACUGUUCUUGAUUCUAAUUUAAGUGUGGGGGUCUUCAUUUAACUCAGAAUAAUUGUUUGGUAUAAAUAUUAUGUCAUAACUCUUUAAGCCUUUGUCAGUAGAUUUUAGUACAAAUCGAAUUCAUUAUGUUUUGGGUAAAUAGGAUAACUUGAGUAUUGUAGCAAUAAGCUGAGCUAGUGUCUUAAAAAUGGCUGAGCGGUGAAUUAGGUGCCAUCUGACAGCCUAUCACUAAUGACACGUCCUAAUAUAUUCCUAUGGAAACAUUUUGUACUGUACGUGCUAUGCCUAGAACAUUUGAAACACGAUGUUUUGAAUGUGGAUAAAACUGUGUAAACCACAUAAUUUCUGUACAUCCCAAAGGAUGAAAAUGUAACCUUAAAGAAAAACAGGAACUUUUGUAAAUUCUUAAACAAUGCUUCUUUUAUAAUUCUUAUGACUACUUUCUUUCAAGCAUUUGUAUAUUAGAAUAGCAUACUGUGUAUGUUUUAUAGCAAAUGCUUUCAUGAGACUGUCUUAUAUCUAUCUAUAUAUAUGUAUUUUGACAUUGUAAAGUAUGUGAGUACUCCUACUUAAGGUAUGUUUUGACAGUCCGCAAAUGAAACCAGCAUUUUGUCCAAUGUGAUUGGUCAGGUCAACCAAAUAAAUCCAAUAUUUUGUCUUAAUUAUUGUGAGGAGUGUGAUUCUUAACUGGGACUGGGGAUGGGCUGUAGGGGAUGGGGUAUAGGCAGCUGGCAUUUGUACCCAGGGCUUUCUGACUCCCACGCUCAUGCUUGUCCUCACACCAUGCUGCUCUCAAGAGACCAAUCAUCUCUGCACAGGAAGCCCAGUCCCCAAGGGGGUUCCCUUCCCAAGGAAAAGGCGGGGGCGGGAAUUCUCCACAAAGCUAAUGAAGCCUUGGCUUCAGGGCUCCUCACUCACACUGGCCUUUUCUGUGGUCCUAUAAUUUCUCAUCACCCCAAAUCAGGCCCAACAAAACCUGGAUCUGCCCCUGAUUAAAGGUAUACAACUUCUGAUGAUUUUCCAAAAAAACUGACAAAGCCUGUGUAAAUUGAGUCCUGCUUAACAAAUCCCAUCUGGGGAAAAGCAUUCCUAUUUUGUAAAUCUGAACUCUGGUGGGGAGAUUUGGGGAUGUUUGUGUUCUGAGAACCGGUCAGUGGUGGCGAUGGCUGAGGAAGCGGUGGCGAGAGCUGCCAGGAGAAGUUCAGGGCUGAAACCCGCACCCCAGGCUCUGCAGAGCCGCUCACCGGGAAGGCAGAGAACUGUGCCCGGACAGAGAACCUGCUUCAGAGAAGCAAGGAGGCCUGACUAGGUUCUCGGGGAACCCAUCGCACUUCAUCCUGAGAAGAUGGGCAGUCGGACAGUCAGGCAUGAGUGUCGCUGGGAGAGAAAAAUCACGUCCUGAAACUUCCUUCUGCCCAGUUUGCUAAUUCCUGCUUCAGGUGGCAAGGGCCCUAUCCGGGAUGAGAGAUGCACUGGAAUGCAUGUGCAAGUGGAGAGGGGGUCCCUCCACUGCAGGCCUUUGAGGCCAUCCUGUCAGAUCCCUUGUUGGUGAGUCAUGGCUGGUUGAAGGCAACAGAGCCAGGGUUAGAGCCUCAUCUUCUGGUUUUCACUACAUCGUUAAGUGUGAGUCCUCCUACCUUCACUAUCUUUUAGCUCCUUGUGUGUUACCUUCAAGUCUGUAAAGUCACCUGAAACGAGUGAAGAUGACUGCCUGUCAGCAAUUGGCCUGACCUGAUGGGAAUUUACCCAGCCUUGGAGAAAUGGGAAGAGCACCGGUGGCUCAGUGAAUAAGAGCUUGUCAGCGGUUCAAACCCACCAGCCACCCUGCGGGAGAAAGAUGUGGCAGUCUGCUUCCGUAAAGAAGAAACCCUAUGGAGCAGUUCUACCCUGUCUGAUAGGGUCGCUAGGAGUUGGAAUCGACUUGACAGCAACAGGUUUGGGUUUUUUUUUUUUUUUUUUUUUGGUUUUUGGAGAGGUGGCUUCUAUCUGGGGAUCAGCCAAUGGGUUUCUGCUCCUAAAGCUAAGUUUCCGCCGAUGUCUGCCAUGUUACUGAGCUCUGAUGUGAGACCUGACAGGUCUUCUUUCAGUUCCCUGUGUUUCUCUCUGGUGCUUGAUUACUUUCAGACGGACCCAAACAAAUCGGCCUUUUAUUGAUAGCAAAUUUAUAUGGUGUUACUAUAAAAGCCAGUGUUUUCUGGAGGGCCCAGAGGAUUUUUUUUCUUAAGCCUGCAAUUUGAUUAGUAGUUGUAUUGAUCAGGGUUCUCCAGAGAAACCCAACUCUCUUUCUCUGUUUCUAUGUAUGAGUGUGUGUGUGCGUGUGUACAUAUAUAUUAGAGAGAGAGUCAUCUUAAGGAGUUGGCUCAAAUGAUUGUGGGGACUGGCAAGUCCAAAAUAACUUCACAGGCUGAAAACCCCAGCAAGAUGUCUGUGUUACAGUCUUAAGGUAGAAUUCGUUCUUUUCCAGGAAACCUCAGGUUUCGCUCUUUAAAUCCUUCAACUAAUCGGAUGAGGCCCACCCACAUUAUCCAGGGUAAUCUCCUUUCCUUAGAAUCAACCGGUUGCAAAUGUUAACCGCAUCUACAAAAUACGGUACCUUCACAGCAACACCUAGACCAGUGUUUGACACAACAGCUGGGCACCAGAGCCUCGCCAAGCUGACAGGUAACACUAAGCAUCACAGGGUGUGAUGUCAGGACUACAUCACAGGAGUAAAGACUGCUCGAUGUCAGGGGUCCGAGGCCAAGCCCUGUGGGCAGCCUGGAGGAAGUGUGCUGAGUGGGAGAGCACCCCUGCUUAGUGGAGAGCUGAAGCCUUCUGGGGACCUACUCAGGCAAAGAACUGCCGGACCCUGCAGGGAACACAGGUGAGGAGGGGGCUGGCCCCUCUUACUUAAUUUGUCCCUGCUUAAGGGUGCACAUUCCAUUUUGGAACUCUUACAAGGCUCUUUGUUUAAGGUAUCUGUUUCCAAAAAGACUUUUUUGGCCAAGCAAUUACUUGCAAUUUUACUUUUUGCCUGUGAGCUGGUUUUUAAAAUGCCAAUUUUAUCUCCAAGGCAAAAGAAAGCAGCGAUAACAAUGCCAUGCUUUGGGGACCAAUGUCUGGUUUCAAAAGUCCACUUAGGGACGAGAGAAGAGAGAUGUAAAGUAGCUGCACACAAAGCACCUUUGUAAUAAUCUGUAUCCAACCUAGGGUCCCUGGGUGCUCCAAACAGUUAACAGGCUUAUCUGCUGAAUGAAAGGUUGGAGGUUCAAGUUCACCCAGAGGUACCUCGGAAGAAACACCUGGCGCUCUACUUCCAGAAAACUCGCGACUGAAAACCCUGUGGAGCACAGUUCUACUGUGACAUGCGCUGGGUGGCAAUCACCUCAACAGCAACUGGUUUGGUACCCGCCCUCCCUGGGGUGUUUGUUGCACUCUCUGUGGAGUGAGCAAACGGGGAGUCUGAAGCGGGAGGAGAGGGUAUCAUCUAUCACUCUCCCCUGUUCUUUGGGACAAAGGUCCUGACCUCUGUGAGCAGCAGCUGCCGCCUGAACAUCUGGAGCUUGGCUCUUCCCUCUCUCAAGACCGUUUAUUGCUUCCCUGUUCAUCUCCCAUGUUUGACUUAGACAUGGGAAAAUUGAUUUGUCUCACUUCAAAACGGAAGUGAGAGAAAGUGAGAGAUUAUCACGUGCAGUUACCAUGCAUGAGAACAAAGCACGUGUUUCAGUUAUUUUCAAUGCUGGGAGAAGUUCUGAGUACUUCACCAAUUCAGAGAAAUCUGCUUCGCCACAUGUUAUAGAUCAAGAAGCCAUAACAGCUGGCUAUCUGCUGACAGCACAGCACAGUAGCUGUUGUAACCAGAUCCCAUUAAGUCUCACGACUGUGCAAGGGGGCCAACUGCAAAGGCAAAUGAACAAGUAAUCAGUUAAAGGGCAGAGAAUUCUCUCAUUACAGCUCUAGGUGGGAGUGCCUUGAGUUGUCUUCGUAAUUUAACAUCAUACAAAUAACGUGGAAUUGCUCCACAAACACUGGCUAUUAUUAUUAUAAUAUAAUUAUAUAUAUUAUAUACUAUUAUUAAAAUAUAUAAAUAUUAUAUAAUUAUCGAUACUAUAUGAUACUAUUAUUUCCUUUCAUUACUUCAUGCUAAAGUCUCUCCAUGUGAACCUUAAUGUGCAUCGGCUUCGUUUUUCCACGUGAAUGUCGGGCUUCAGAGAGCAGGGCUCAUCUUGCACUCGAUUGGAACACGUUCCCACAUUCACUGAUUUAUAGGUUCUGGUGGACUUGAUUCUCCUGAGCCUGAUCAACAUUUUUCCAAGGCAUCAAGGAAGAUGCAAAGGAAGCAGAAUAUUUUCAGGAAAAAGAGGGUUAAUGGGCACUACCGAAGGCUUGGGGCCAUUGGUGGUUUAGUGGUAGAAUUCCCACCAUCCAUGUGGAAGGUCCGGGUUCAAUUCCCAGCCAACGUAUCUCAUAAGCAGCCAUCACCCGUCUGUUAGUGGAGGCUUGAGCGUUAUGACGGUGAACAGAUUUCAGCAGAGCUUCCAGACUAAUAGAAGCCCUGGUGGCACAGUGGUUAAAGUGCUUGACUUCAAACUGAAAGGUCAGCAGUUCUAAGCCACCGAAGCUCUGCAGGAGAAAGAUGUGGCUGUCUGCUUCUGCAGUGAUUUACAGCCUUGGAAACCCUAUGGGGCAGUUCUACUCUGUCCUAUCGGGUCGCUAUGAGUUGGAAUCACCUUGACAGCAGUGGGUGGCUUCCAGACUAAGACAGACUAGGAAGAAAGGCCUGACAAUCUGUUUCUGAAAAUCGGCCAGUGAAAAACCCUAUGGAUCAUAAUGGUCUGAUCCUCAAUGGAUCAUGGGAAUGUCUGGACCAGGCAGUGUUUUAUCUCAUUGUACCUGGCAUCCCCAUGAUUUUGGGACCAAUAUGAGGACAGUUAAAUGAAAGCUUAGAGUUACAGAUUGACUCCUGGUUCAAUAUUGCUUUUGACAAAUGUACCAAUGAGCUACAGCUCCGAUGCAACUGAUGAGGGAGAGGCUACAGAUGACAACAGCAGGCGCCAAGAAGGGCUUCUGCCAACUUUCAGCUUGUGCGGUAAGGAAGUGGCAUGACCUCCAACCGCCCCACUCCCAACCCCACAUUCCCACCACCUGCCUAGGUAUUUCUUCUUAUUGGAAAUUCUGGUCUUACCAAAGUUUUGCUCCCAAUAGGACAGAGGACAGAGUGGUGACUCAGGCCCUGGGAGGCCCCCUCCUACUUCUCACAACUUCUCUCUGUGGAUUAAUUAUGAGUCCCAGCCAAGGCCACUGAGCAGGAAAGCACCAAUUGUUUCUCUUAAUUAAGUCACAUCAAAAACAAAGAGAAAGAGCAAGGUAAUUAAUUCAGAGUUUCUCAUUGGAAUCCAAAGUUCCUUUUUUGGUAGGGCCAGCAGGCAAAAGUGAGCAGGCAACUGCUUUCCGCAUUUCCCUCUUUAGUGUCUUGCACCAGUUCCAGGGAAAACUCAUCCAAGGCAGCAGGGGGCUUCGACACUGUUGUUGCCGCAUGCAGAGCGGAAGAAAGCGCUGCCCAGCCUGUCUUGUCUGGGAGCUCUGAUUCGGCAUCAUAGCAGAAUGCAAGCCGCCAUGGACAGACAGGUGGUGGCUGCCUGAGCUACAGUGGUCAGUUUGGAAGGACAGAAAUCUACUAUCCAACCAGUAAUGCCUCAUGAGCUUUGAGAUAAGAAUGUGGUUUCUUGAGGUUUGCAUUGCUCCAGGUUAUUUGCUUCUAGUUUAAUCAUCUAUCAAUUCAGUAGUGACUUCUCUUAUUUUUCACUCAGAACUGAUUUUCUCUCUAUUUUGUUGAAGGAGACUAGCAGAAAAGAUUGGUUUAUUUAUUUAUUUAUUUCCUAUUUCAUCAUUUUGUACAUGUACAAUUCAAUGACAUUAAUUACAUUCAUCAUGUGCAUCUGUCAUCACUGUUUCCAAAUUUUUCCAUAUUUUUAAUAAAAAUUCAUAUUGCCUUUUUUGGAAUAAAUACUAUGUGCACAUGGUAAAAUAUUCGAACAGUAAAAACUAGGUCUCCCUCCCAUUCCUGGACCCUUCCCCCCAUCAGUUCUUCAGCUCUUGGGAGAUAAUUGCUGCUAGCAAAGAUAUUUUAUGCAAAUACAAAUAUAUGCAAUUAUAGAACCUUUUGUAAAACAACAACCAAAAAACCUACACAAACGGUAGCCUAAUUUCCACAUAGAUUUACGUCUUAUUUUCCUUACAGACAGUUUCUCAGUGAUUCCAGAAGGAAGUGUUUUUAAUCAGAGGAGGCCCUGAACAUGUGUCUCACUUUGUAGUCUAAGCCUUUUCUCAACCAUUUGUGCUGUGAGGUGGGGUGUCUCCGCUCUUGGCUUUCCUUGUGCUUUUGUUUCCUCCUCUAGAAGUUGAGGGGUGGAACCAGAGGGCCUCUCAGGUUACUCGCAGUCACUGAAAUCUUUAAGAUUAUAAGAAAGGAAACUGAGAGGCAACAAGUUUAUGGAUCUGCUAAGGUCCAAACAUGGGGGCAGUGGAGGUUCAGUGGUAGAAUUCUCACCUUCCCUGCAGGAGACCCAGUUCAAUUCCCAGCCAACUCACCUCAAGCAGUUACCACCUGUCUGUCAGUGGAGGCUUGUGUGUUGCUAUGACACUGAACAGGUCUCAGUGGAGCUUCCAGACUAAGACAGACUAGGAAGAAAGGCCUGGUGACCUACUUCUGAAAAUCAGCCAGUGAAACCCCAUGGAUGACAACAGUCUGACUGGAGGCCAACUCAACAGCAGCUAACAACAACAACAACAUUUCUGUUUAGGAUGAAUAAAUAGACUCAUGGUAAAUUGUGAAUUCAGAAAAUGGUAACAAGUGUUUUAAGAGCAAAGCUCUCCCACAAUAACCCUAACCUUGGAGUUAGCAGGAGUGUUGGGAAGUGCUGGUCUCCUUUGUUACUUGCUUUGGUGGCCGGGUCUCAGAGAAAGCCAGAGUGGGUCACACCUGCUUUCGAUAAGCCAGGGCCUGGGCCUGCGUGGGGGAGGGCUGUGUUCAGGACUGCAAAGCCUGUUCGCUUAGAAAGUGUUGCCUGAGCCAAUGUCAUGUAUGAGGUUUUCAUUUUGUCAAGCAGGAGAGAAACCUCAGAGGAAAUGAAAACUAACAUCGACUGAGUGCUUUAUUUGCCACUGACAUUGUGGUAGCUGCUUUUAUGUACCUUAGCCAGCAAGGGAACUGAGACUGAGAGGUUAGGGAAGUGGCCCAAGGACUCACAGUGAAUAAACGGCAGAAGUGAGACCUGAACCCAGGUCCCUCUGACUCCAAAGUUCAUGCCCUGUCCUCUAAGUUUCAUUCUGUCACUGCAGGGAAGUUGUGCUCGUUUCCCAGGCUGCUGCAACAAAGUACCACGAAGUGACUUAAAACAAAACAAAAAAAUUAUUCUCUCACAGCUCUGGAGGCCAGAGUCUGAAAGCAAGGUGUCAGUACUGUGACUCCUCCGGAGGCUUUGAGGGAGAAACUGCUUCAGGCCGCUCUCUUAGCUUCCGGUGUGGCUGGUAAUCCUGGGCGUUCCUUGGCUUUUAAAUACACCACUCCAGUUUCUGUCUGCAUUGUCACGUGGCUGUCCUCCCUCUGUGUCUCCCUCUAUGUCUCUUCUCCUCUUUUUAUAAUGACACUGGUCACAUCGGAUCAGGGCCCACUCUAAUCCAGUAGGACCUCACGUUAACUAACUACGUCUACAAAGAUGCUGUUUCCGAAAAGGUUCAGAUUCACAGGUAUAGAGGCUAGGACUUUAACAUAUCAUUUUUGGGGAACACAAAUCAACUCAUAACAGAAGAGGAGAAAGAAAUUUCCUACCAAAGCUUGUUAAGAUGAGAAUCCAAAUCCUAUAUUCCCUAUAUUAUUCCUACCUAUAUAUGUCCUAUAGGGUCGCUAUGAGUCGGAAUCGACUCGAUGGCACUGGAUUUUUUACAAUACAUGAAGAAAGCAAGAGGUCAUUAAAAAGCCAGAAAAGAGCAAAACAGAUGUCAGAAGAGACUCUGAAACCUGCUCUUGAAGGUCAAGCAGCUAAAGUGAAUGGAAGAAAUGAUGAAGUAAAAGAGCUGAACAGAAGAUUCUAAAAGAUGGCUGUAGAAAACAAGUAAAGUAUUAUAAUGCAAUGUGCAAAGUUCCGGAGUUAGAAAACCAAAAGGGAACAACAUGCUUGGCAUUUCUCAACCUGAAAGAACUGAAGAAAAAAUUCAAGCCUUGAGUUACAGUAGUGAAUGUUUCUAUCAGCGAAAUACCAAAUGACACAGGAAGCAUCAAAAAGAAUUAGUCGACACUCAGUCAUCUCAGGAGGUAGCAUAUGAUCAAGAACUGAUGAUACUGAAGGAAGAAAUCUAAGAUACACUGAAGGCAUUGGUGAAAAACAAGGCUCCAGGAAUUGAUGGAAUACCAAUUGAGAUGUUUCAAAAAAUGGAUGCAAUGCUGGAAGUACUCACUCAUCUAUGCCAAAAAAUUUGAAAGACAGCUACCUGGCCAACUGACUGGAAGAGAUCCAUUUUUAUGCCUUUCCCAAAGAAAGGUGAUCCUACAGAAUGUAGAAAUUAUCAAACAAUAUCAUUAACAUCACGUAGAAGUAAAAUGUUGCUGAAGAUCAUUUAAAAGCAGUUGCAGCAGUACAUCAACAGGGAACUGCCAGAAAUUCAAGUCAGAUUCAAAAGAGAAUGUAAAAUGAGGGCUAUCAUUGCUGAUGUCAGAUGGAUCCUGGCUGAAAGCAGAGAAUACCAGAAAGAUGUUUACCUGUGUUUUAUUGACUAUGCAAAGGCAUUUGACUGUGUGGAUCAUAAGAAAUUAUGGACAACAUUGUGAAGAAUGGGAAUUCCAGAACACUUAAUUGUGCUCAUGAGGAACCUGUACAUAGAGAAAGAGGCAGUCAUUUGAACAGAACAGGGGAGUACUGCGUAGUUUAAUGCCAGGAGAGGUAUGCUUCAGGGUUGUAUCCUUUCUCCAUACUUAUUCAAUCUGUAUGCUGAGCAAAUAAUCUAAGAAGCUGGACUAUCUGAAGAAGAACGUAACAUCAGGAUUGGAGGAAGACUUAUUAAAAACUGGUGAUAUGCAGGUGACACAACCUUGCUUGCUGAAACUGAAGAGGACUUGAAGCACUUACUGAUGAAGAUCAAAGACCACAGCCUUCAGUAUAGAUUACACCUCAAUAUAAAGUAAACAAAAAUCCUCACAAUUGGACCAAUAAGCAACAUCAUGAUAAACGGAGAAAAGAUUGAUGUUGUCAAGGAUUUCAUUUUACUUGGAUCCACGACCAACACCUACGGAAGUAGUAGUCAAGAAAUCAAAAGACCUCUUUAAAGUGUUGAAAAGCAAAGAUGUAACCUCGAAGACUAAGGUUCACCUGACAAGUCAUGAUGUUUUCAAUUGGCUCAUAUGCAUGCAAAACCUGGAUAAUGAAUAAGGAAGACUGAAGAAGAAUUGACACCUUUGAAUUAUGGUGUUGGCGAAGAACAUUGACUAUACCACGGACUGCCAGAAGAAUGAACAAAUCUUUCUUGGAAGAAGUACAACCAGAAUGCUCCUUAGAAGCGAGGAUGGCAAGACUUCAUCUCACAUGCAUUGGACAUGUUAUCCGGAGGGACUAGUCCCUGGAUAAGAACAUCAUGCUUGAUAAAGUAGAGGGUUAGCAGAAAAGAGGAAGACCCUCAAUGACGUGAAUUGACACAGUGGCUGUAAAAAUGGGCUUCAGCACAAGAAUGAUUGUGAGGAUGGUUCAGGACUGGGUGGUGUUUUGUUCUGUAGUACAAUGGGUUGCUAUGAGUUGGAACCAACUCUGUGGCACCUAACAGCAAUGACAAGAUAGGAAAGAAGUUCCUUGUGUUGUUAUAGGAUGUAUUUGCUUUAUAAUAGAAACAGAACUGUAAAAUGAACAUGACCUUAGCUCAUAAGGAGUUUUCAAUCUUUACAAGAUCAGGACUUGUAAAAAUAUCAACUGGGACAUUUAAUGUAAUUCGGUACAGAAUUCUGUUGGCCUGAACUGAUGGAGGAGUAUGCAGCAACUAUAACGUUGGAACAGUGAGAGCUGUAAUAAGCUUGUAGAAAGGGAAAGGAUCUGUAUCACUGAGGGUCUUAGACUGGACUUCCCAGGAAACAUAGCAUGUGGAAAUGCUUAUCUGCUAAUGCCCGAUGGGAGGUUCAAUUCGAGGGCAGUGAGAUUGAGGGAAGAGGGUAGAGAAGCAGGAAAGGAGGGAAAGCAAAUGAAAGGAAACAUAUUACUGAAGAGGUCACAGCUUCAGAAAAGACACAGCUGGUUUCUUGGCUACAUGGGAUAUCUCAGACAGGCCUUACAGAACAUGGUACCCAAAACAGUCCAUUGAAGGGAGGAAGGAAGAGGGAUUCAUUCUCUUUCUCUCCUCUUGCUCCUGUCUCUCAUUGGCCAAGGUUUUCCCAUGAAAUGCAAACUCUUUUACACAUCUGGGUUGCAUCACCAGACCCCUUUAGGCAGUUUCUGAGGAAGCUGUUUGCCAUGUGCUGGGAUUAACAUCUCAUCCAAAUCUAUAAGUGAUGGAGGUGAUCAGACCCUCAGGCUGCACCCACUAGAGCAGGAGCAGUGAGGCCAUGUUGGAGCUCAGCACUCACCUUGGUGAAGACUUGGAGAUGGUCAGUGUCAGCAGGUGAUGUGGUGGUAGCAGUGACAAUGGGCAGAGGCAGGGACUCUCCGUGAGUAAGCAACUAAGAGUACAGAAGGGAGGUGGGGUCAAGCAAAUAUGAGGAGGUGCAUAAGUGUGUCUGAUAAAGGGUUCCAAGAAAAAAGAGAUGGCACAUUCAAAUUAGGAUAAUUUGAGAACAAUGUAUUCACCAAGACAUUCUUUCCAUAGAUGUCAGUGCAAAGGAACCAUAGGGGGCAACUCCAUAACUCUGGGCUAGGAAAUCCCACAGGGCAGUUCUAUUCUGUCAUAUAGAGUUGCUGUGAGUUGGAAUCAACUCAAGGCACAACAACAGUAGAAGCAGAGCCAUUACCAACUCCAGGCUGGAGGGAUUUAAGAAUUGUCUUAGUCAUCUAGUGCUGCUAUAACAGAAAUACCAAAAGUGGAUGGUUUUAACAAACAGACAUUUAUUUCCUCACAAUGAAGUAGGCUAAAAGUCCAAAUUCAGAGCAUCAGCUCCAGGGGAAGGCUCUCUCUGUCUGUAGGCUAUCUCAUCAGUCUUCCCCUGGAUUAGGAGCUUCUCUGGGCAGGAACUGUGGGUCCAAAAGACAUGCUUUGCUCCCAGCACACUGCUUUCUGUAUUUUAUAUUUCAGUAGAGAUUGCCUUAAGGCACUAUCUAACCUUGUGGAUCUCAUCAAUAUAACUGCCGCUAUGGGGCGAUGGUAGCAUUCUGGAUGCAGUUGACUCAGGGAGAGACAGAGAGCUGCACAGCCUACUCACACCUCUGGAACCAAAGAAUGGCACUUUUGGCAAAAGUUAAGCACUUGUGUUUAUUUUACAGCACCCCCAGCUCCCAAGUCGGCUUCAGUGGCUGUUGAUUUCUCUGGGCCUGAGAUAGGCCCUGCCACACACCCUGGCCAUUCCCAUGGCCUUGGAGAAGGAAUAAAUUCACAACUGGGGGAAAAGAUAAUCUGCCAGCUCCACUAAGCUGGGGAGCUCAGGACAGAAGCAGCACCUGUCUAGGCAUAAAUGGUCCAUGGACUUUGAAUACUUUUCCCUCCUGCAUAGACCUGUACAGGCAUAUUUCAGUAGAAUAGGCCCUUGGCAGACUGCAACUGUUUCAGCUGUGCGGUGGAGAGGUGGGUGUUUGAUAUAUGACACCGCUUUGCCUAUUAAACAGGGUCCUCAUCUACCCACAUCAGGGGGCUAAGGACUGGUGGCUCCACCCAUGUUGCCUAGCCACCUGCGACAGGGGUCCAAGGAUAACUGGUACCUUCCAGUCCUUACAACCAAAAGCACUGGGUGCCCAUGGUCCAUCUGCAGAACCCACCCACCUGUGUACUCUAGGAAACACGCUUUCCUAAAAGACACUGAGAGUAUGGUUGUCAACCCCCCAACUUCUUCAGAGCAUGAUCCCCUGCUGCAACCAGAUACCUGUACCUACACUAAUCACCCCUGCCCCUCUAAGACUGUAGGACACAGCCUGUAACACACACUUGUUGAUCAAAUACCUGGGCACCUGAGCUGAAUCCAUACAAGAAAAGUGAAUGGACUCCUGGACUCAUAUACCUGACAACAGCUGUAGCUAUCUGGUGAUAGGAUGUUAGAACUUCAAAGGUGAAUAUAAUCAAGCUAGCUCACUCAAGCAGCCUAUUUGGACAUAUCAAAACAAAACAAAACAAAGCAAGAAGCUAGGAUACAGUAAGGAAACAUAAAAUAAACUAAUACAAUAACUUAGAGAUGGCUUGGAGAAAACAGUCAAUAACAAAUCACAUAAACAAGCAGACCAUGACCACUUCAACAAGAGCUCAAAACAAAGAAUCAAGAAAUCUUCUGGAUGAAGGUGCUUUCCUGGAAUUACCAGAUGCAGAAUACGAAAUAUUAAUAUACAGAACAAUUGAAGACAUCAGGAAUGAAAUCAGGAAGGAGAUCAGGCAAAACACAGAACAAGCCAAGGAACACACAGAUAAAGCAGUUGAAGAAAUCAAAAAGUUUAUUCAAGAACAUAAUGAAAAAUUUAAUGAGCAGCAAAAAUCCAUAGAGAGACAGCAAUCAGAAAUUCAGAAGAUUAACAAUAAAAUUACAGAAUUAGACAACUCAAUAGAAAGUCAGAGGAGCAGAACUGAGGAAGUGGAAGGCAGAAUUAGUGAGAUUGAAGAUAGGACACUUGGCACCAAUACAUGCAAAGAAAAAUCAGAUAAAGGAAUUAAAAAAAAUGAAGAAACCUUAAGAAUCAUGUGGGACUCUAUCAAGAGAAAAUAACCUAAAAGUGAUUGGGGUACCAGAACAGGAAGGGAUAAUAGAAAAUAUAGAGAGAAUUGGUGAAGAUUUUUUUGGCAGAAAACUACCCUGAUAUCAUGAAAGAUGAGAGGAUAUCUAUCCAAGAUGCUCAUCGAACUCCACAUAACGUAGAUCUCAAAAGAAAGUCACCAAGACAUAUUAUAAUCAAACUUGCCAAAACCAAAGAUAGGGAAUUUUAAGAGUGGCUAGGGAUGAACAAAAAGUCGCCUACAAAGGACAGUCAAUAGGAAUAGGCUUGGACUACUCAGUAGAAACCAUGCAAGCAAGAAGGCAAUGGGAUGACUUAUAUAAAGCAUUGAAGGAAAAAAAAAAAAACUGGCAGCCAAGAAUCAUACAUCCAGCAAAACUGUCUCUCAAAUGUGAAGGUGAAAUUAGGACAUUUCCAGAUAAACAGAAGUUUAGGGAAUUCAUAAAAACCAAACCAAAGCUGCAAGAAAUACUACAAGGAGUUCACUGAUAGUACCAGACAUCAACCCAAGACUAGAACAACCAGAUGUCAACCCAGAUAGGGAAUGCACAAAAAUAAAUCAAGAUAAAAAGAACACUCAGAACAUGGUAACAGCGAUGUUAUUAUGUGAAAGAAGACAACAUUAAAACAAUAAAAAGGGACUAAGAAAUCUAGUCAUAGAUCUUUUAUAUGGAGAGUAAGUCAAGGCAAUAUAAAGAAAUAAAAGUUAGGUUUAAACUAAGAAAAAUAGGGGUAAAUAUUAAGGUAACCAAAGAGGAGACUAAUGACACUAUGCAUCAAAAUAAAAUACAAGGAAAAAAAAAAA